GCCCACAGCCCGUGUCAUCGCCUCCCCACCCCCACCCCGGCUGGAUCCCCCACCCCGCCGUUGCCCCACAAACCUUCCUGUUCCUCGUCCCGCCCUGGGCAGGCAUCCCAGCUCCCCAGUCUCCCUCCUGCCACCCCUCGGGAUGGCGUCCCAGCAGCUGCGGGCCCAGACGCUGCCCCUCUCCCCCAGGGCCCAGGAGCGCAGCUGGCAGCAGCAGUUCGAAGGGGCCUGGGAACUGGGCCGCAGGGGGGUCCCCCCGCCCAGGGACCCCAACUGGAAAGCCCUGGGCCAGCGCAAGCCCUUCGAGAGGAACCUGCUGCGGAGCCCCAACCCCGAAGGUGUGAACAUUUCGGAGCCAGCUCCCCGCCAGCCACCCAACAGCCCCCGGGGGCCGCUGGAGUCCUUGGGUGAUUUCAGCGGCUGGGCCAUUAGCACCGAGGAGCUCCCUCCCCUGGCAGGCGGCACGAAGCCCGGCUCUGCGGCUCCGCGCUUCAGCUGGUGCAUCAAACAGCAGCGGGUCGACCUGCUGGCCGAGGGGCUGUGGGAAGAGCUCCUGGACUCCUACCAGCCGAACAUCACCGUCAUGGACUGGUACGAAGACAGCCGGCUGGCGGAGACCGUGUACCAGCUGCACGUCCGGCUGCUGGCCGCCGACGGGCAGACGGCCCUGCAGGAAUUCCACCACCAGGGCCCCGAGCACGGGGCGUCCCAGGAGAAGAAGAACUGGUGCCAUGUUUCCCACGUUUUCCACGGCUACGGCCCGGGAGUGCGCCACGUCCAUUUCCAGCACCGGACCUUGGACGCCGAGACGCCGGGCGGGCUCCGCCGCACCAGAGCGACGGACAGCAGCGUCUCUGUGCAGCUGCGGGACUGACGGACGGGCCGGCAGCCGGGGGGCGGGGGAGGGCGCGGUUCGGUUUCUGGUCCCCCAGGGGCUGACGACAGUUCCCGGGCAAAAGCCGGUGCUGGAUUCACUGGGAGCGGAGAGCCCUGCCCCCUCUCUGUGCCCUGGGGGCAAAGCUGGGGCUGGGUGAGGCCUGUCAGGUCAGUCUUGCCGCAGGGGUCUGGGAGCCAGGACUCCUGGGUUCUGUGCCCAGCUCUGGGA